ACUGACCCCAGAAAAAAAGUGGACGGAAUACAAAGUGUUGAUGACAACUGCUCGAAUUCGAUUACCGGUGUGACGGUUUCGGUGCAUCCAGUAUGGCCGGACAUGCAGUUCACUCAAGGGGAGCUGUUUUUUGAAUGCACCUUGUUUUUGUACUCGGUCUUGGCGCUUUUCUUGCAAUACCUGAAUAUUUACAAGACCCUGUGGUGGUUACCGAAGUCGUAUUGGCAUUACUCUAUGAAAUUUCACUUAAUCAACCCAUAUUUCCUCUCAUGUGUGGGCCUACUACUGGGAUGGCGAGUCACAAAGUGCUUUUGGAAAACGAUUACUGAGUUGGUCGCAACAAUCGCUGUCGAUCAGUCAACAUUCGUUCAAUCAACCUUAACCGUAAUAGAGUAUGCUAUUGUUAAGACCCCUUUGAUGACGUUGAUCAUCACUAGUUUCUUGUUUAGCUUCACCAGGAUAUGCCACGAUUUUCCUUUCAAUUCUCUUGUCGACCGUUUUGUAGAACCACCCCCAGCGCAACUUGAUCUUGAUUCUGUACUUCACAUGUGCAGUACUAAUCCAGUUCAAAUUCGUGAAGAAGUGUCAUUAUUACUCGAAGAUAUGUAUCUGAGGUUGAAACGAAGUUUGUUCGCAGGUGUUUCGACGGCUUUCUUAUCGAUAUUCCUUCCUUGCGUGUUUGUUCCGUACAAGACAUCGUUAGGUGUACCACAAAAGGUGUUAGUGGAUGAAGCAUGGGAAUCUGAGUUGUGUAUCGUUGUAGCCUUGACUGCCUUCUCACUCUAUAUUACCUAUCUGAUGCCUCUCAACUACCUGGACUUGUUACACAGAAGUGCAGUACAUCUGGGAACAUGGGACCAGAUCGAAGGACCAAAGAUUGGCCAGACAGGACAACGCAGUGCCUUUAUUCCGAUGGCGAAACGGUGCAGUUGCCAGAUGGACGGUGCUAUCGUCAUGACAAAUUUUAUGUUAGUUUACCCUGAACUCUGCAUAUUUUCGAGGUUUUGCGGAGAAAUGCUGUGUGGACGUCCAUGUACACUUAUAAAUGGCAUGUGCAUCUUCGAAGGUGCUCUAAUUGUCUCACAGUUCUGGAUGCUUGUCCUAACAACUGACUGGCAGCAUAUUGUCACAUUAGUACUGCUGAUGUUCGCUAACUAUUUACUUUUAGCGAAGUUGUUCAAGGAUAAAGUGAUUCUCGGCCGUAUCUAUGAACCGUCACCGGAAGAUUUGGCAUUGAUCCAACAAAUCCAUUUGGAAAAUCGGCUAGCACAUUAA